AUGUCCUUACCACCUAUAGCGGUUAUGGCAGGGGACUUCAAUCUGCGGCAUGUCCUGUGGGAUAAAGGGUCUCGAAGGACUGGAAUGCGCAACAGGCAUGGUGACAAGGCACUAGCAUUGAUCACCCUUGCACAACAGGACAUAGGUCUUGAUCUAUUAAAUGACGACGAGGGGAUCCCAACGUGGAUUCCCAACAGUACCGCUGCUUCCCCAGGCACCAUUGAUCUUGUAUGGAUCGAUCAUGACUAUAGGGAAGGGGAGUCAAUUCUUGAGGUGGAUCAGAAUGGCAGACACCGCUCUGACCAUGCAGUCCUCAAGUGGACCUUGGCAAUUGACGCCAAUCCAACCAGGGAUCCUCGCAUCCCUAGAACAGGAACAGUGGCCCAGGAAUACCUGAACACCGUUGCUCUUGAAUUACAUGCCUACCAGCCCAUAUUUCAAUCCAAGGAGGACGUUGCCGAAGCGGCUGCGUACCUCCAGAAUAUUCUAUCCACACAUUGGGAGAAUCAUGCAACAACUCCUAAAGUAUCUGCCAGGUCUCGCACCUGGUGGAAUGGGAGAUGUCAGAGAGCAGCCCAGAGAGUAAGGGAUGCGACGAGAAAUGUGGAUGAAGCCAGGGUCCAUUACAGGGCGCUGAGGUCAUCGCAUGGUUCCUUUGAUGCUCGCACUGCGACCCAGGGGGUAGUCGUUAGGGCAGCAGUGUCAGACCUACACAACCGGCGGGGUGACUUGAGGAAAGCCACCAGAGCAGCCAAGAGGGGAUUCUUUGAUGCUUGCAUCAAGAGAUCUAACCCCAAACUCAUAUUGGAUUUUGUCCAAUGGACCAAACCACGCAAGCAGUCAGCCAAUGUGCAGCUUAAAAUGCGCAAUGGCAGACCGGCCAACACCACUGCCUUGAUGGCAGAGGCUUUCCAAACCCAAUUCACUCCAACCAACCCUAAACCAGUUGAUUGGGAGAUGAUUGAGGCAAUCCCCCAAUUGCCUGAAAGGGAAUUUCUUCCCUUCAGCGAGUGGGAAAUGAUGGAGGUACUUGGGAAGACUAGUAAUACGUCUGUUCCUGGACCGGAUCAUCUCAAUUGGCUGUGGAUCAAAUGGCUAACUGAGCGGACUGUCGACUUAGGUGAUGGAAAUAUAAUUGAAUGUGGGCCUGGUAUCAGGAGGUUCUUCCACACACUUUUCAAUGCCUGUAUUGCCUUUGGGGUCUGCCCAGAGGCAUUUAAGGAAUCAGUCACAGUGGUCCUUCCCAAACCAAAAAAGGAGGACUACACAUCGGCGACAUCAUAUCGCCCCAUUUGCCUGCUCAAUUGCUCUGGCAAAUGGUUAGAAAAACUUAUUGCCCAUCGAAUGCAAUUCGAUGGGCAAAAGUUCGGCAUCAUGCACCCUGCACAAUUCGGGGGCACCAUCGGACAUAGCACUACGGACGCUGGGAUGCAACUGGUCCACAACAUCCAGAAGGCAUGGGAGGCGGGGCUUACCCCCUCAGUGCUCCUCAUGGAUAUCUCUCAAUUUUACCCAUCUGUACAACAGGCGGUGUUAUUGCGCAUGUUGACUAAGCAAGGGUUUAGCUCUAAGCUCUGCAAAUUCAUGGCCGAUUACCUUGUUGGUAGAGAGACCAAAUUCUUAUUCAAUGGGGCUACUACUGACCCCCUGGACUUCUCCGUUGGGUUGGGACAAGGAUCCUCUCUAUCCCCCAUCCUAUCCGGACUUUAUAUUGCCCCAGUGCUCCACAAGUGGGCACCAGGACAGGAAAGAAGAUUUGCCAAUGUUGUGGCACAAUUCUUCGUUGAUGACGGCCUUUUGUUUGCCGCAUCUCCUGAACCAGGUGGAUCUACUCUAGGAUCACAGCUGGAUUCAAAUGUGGAAGUCCUGACCGAUAUGUACCACAACCUCAUGGGGGACCUAGGCAGGCUCGGCCUGUCUGUGGAAUCCAGCAAACUUGAAUUAAUGCACUUUAGGCGCAACAAGACACCCUACAGCGACAGCCACCCCCUGGGACCGGCGAUUGCAGUUCGGGAUGAUGGGGUGAUCCAUAGGAUCCAACCCAAGAUAGAAAUGAGAUACUUGGGAUUCUUCUUGGAUCCCAAACUAUCCUUCCAUGGGCAUAUUAAGUUCUAUGCCAACAAGGCGGAGUCCACAGUCAACACACUGCGGAUGCUGGGCAAUUCGGUCAGGGGCUUCACCCCUCAAUCCUCUGGUGGAAACCCUCUUGGAAGGGACACAAGUGGGCCAUAG